CUCUCACGUCGUUUCCUUGGAAUCCUCAUUGGUUUCAAGUGACAGCCUCUCCCUUUCUCCCCCUCUCUCCCUACCUUCCUCCCUGGUGAGUGGGUGACUUAAGUGCCAGGAGAGCUUUGAAUAAAAUAAAAAAAAGAGAGAGAGAGAGAGGGAGAGAGAGAGAGAGAGGCAGAGAAAUAAAAGGAAUAAGCACAGCAAGCCCUCAGACUUCCAGCCCGAGACGAGAAGGCACUGGGAUAGCCACUGGGAUAGUCAUGCCUGAAGCCGCCGAUGAUGCAGUGAAGCCGGAGGGCGAGGGAGAAGCACCUGCAGAAGCUGAAGAAAAACCAGCAGAAGAUGGGUUCCAUCAGUCGCAGGAGAUUACAGGACUGUUUCUUCAGCACCCUGAGACUACGGUUGCCAUAACAGGUACGGACAUUGUGUUUACUGCCAAAGUGGACUCUACUACACUAUCAAGGAAACCAACCAUUAAAUGGCUGAAGGGGAAGUGGUUGGACCUGGGCAGCAAAGCAGGAAAACACAUGCAGUUCAAAGAGACUUUUGACAGAGCCACAAAGAUCUACACCUGGGACAUGAAGAUAAUCAAGGUGGUCCCUGGAGACGCUGGGGCCUACAGGUGUGAGGUCACCUCCAAAGACAAGUGCGACAGCAGCGCUUUUGACAUCUCCGUGGAGGCUGUGCAUAUUGAGGAGCAACAUGAUAUUAUGGCCGCAUUCAAAAGAACGGAUGCUGGAGAGGACGAAGGCAGUUUGGAUUUCAGUGCUUUGCUGAAAGCUACCAAGAAGAAGAAGAAGCCAGUCGUAGACGAGGAGAAGGCAGACGUGUGGGAAAUCCUGAAGAACGCUCAACCCAGCGAGUAUGAGAAGAUUGCUUUUGAGUACGGCAUUACAGACCUGAGGGGUCUGCUUAAGCGUCUGAAGAAGAUGAAGACGGUUGAACCCAAGCACAGCGACGCUUUCCUAAAGAGAAUGGAGUCUGCCUACUCUGUGGAUAAGGGCAAGAAAAUCGUACUGCAGGUGGAAGUGGUUGACCCAAAUGCCCAGGUCAAAUGGUUGAAGAACGGUCAGGAGAUAAAAUCAUCAGCCAAGUACAUCAUAGAAUCAAUUGGCAACCUCAGGACGCUCACCAUCAACAAGUGUAGCCUGGCUGAUGACGCUGCGUACGAGUGUGUGAUUGGGGAAGAGAAGUCCUUCACAGAGGUGUUUGUCAAAGAGCCCCCGGUCACCAUCACCAAGCUGCUGGAUGACUACCACGUGGUGGUGGGAGAGAGGGUGGAGUUUGAGGUGGAGGUGUCUGUGGAGGGAGCACACGUUAACUGGAUGUUUGAGGACCAAGAACUCUCCAGGGACUCCCAUAAGUACCGCUUUAAGAAGGACGGGUUUAAGCACAUGCUCAUCAUCCAAGAGGCUUCGCUGGAUGACAUUGGAAUGUACUGGUGCUUCACCAACGGCGGGCGAACCAAAGGAGAGCUGGAAGUUGAAGAGAAAGAACUGGAGGUGUUGCAGAACAUCGCUGACCUGACGGUGAAGGCCGAGGACCAGGCCAUGUUCAAGUGUGAGGUGUCUGAUGAGAAGGUGACAGGGAAAUGGCUCAAAGAUGGCGUGGUGGUGCCCAGUAGUCACAUCAAGCUGACCCACAUCGGAAGAAUCCAUCGGCUUACCAUAGACGACGUCAAGCCCGAGGACGCUGGAGACUAUACGUUUAUCCCAGACGGAUAUGCCCUCUCACUGUCCGCCAAACUCAACUUCCUGGAAAUUAAGAUCGACUAUGUCCCCCGCCAAGACCCACCCAAGAUCCAUCUAGACACCACCGGCAACAUGGUUUCCCAGAACACCAUCAUUGUGGUGGCUGGCAACAAGCUGCGCCUGGACGUGGAGAUCUCUGGAGAGCCUCCUCCCACUGUCGUCUGGGCAAAGGGAGACACGGCAAUCACAGCUGUGGAGGGUCGUGUGAGGACGGAGAACCGGAAGGACCUGAGCUGCUUCAUCAUAGAGGGGGCAGAGAGAGAGGAUGAGGGCAACUACUCCAUCAUUGUCACCAACCCUGCCGGAGAGGACAAGGCUCAUCUGUUGGUCAAGAUUGUUGAUGUGCCUGACUGCCCUGAGAAUGUAAAGUGUACCUCGGUGGGAGAAGACUGUGCCACCAUGGUCUGGGAGCCACCCAAGUUCGACGGUGGCGCACCAGUCACAGGCUAUCUCAUGGAGAGGAAGAAGAAGGGCUCCACCAGGUGGACGAAGCUCAACUUCGACGUGUACGAGGGGGUGACGUACGAGGCCAAGAGGAUGAUUGAGGGCGUGCUCUACGAGAUGAGGGUGUACGCCGUCAACGGCAUUGGCAUGUCCCAGCCCAGCCUCAAUUCCAAACCCUUCAUGCCCAUCGCUGCAACCAGUGAGCCUCUGGGCCUCAAGGUGCAUGAUGUCACAGACACCACAUGCACCCUGAAGUGGCUGGCCCCUGAGAAGAUCGGUGCCGGAGGCCUGGACGGAUACGUUAUUGAGUACUGCAAGGAGGGAGACACGGAGUGGGUGGUAGCGAACACUGAGCUGGUGGAGAGACAGACUUACACGGUCCGUAACCUCCCCACCGCGGAGAAGAUCAAUUUCAGAGUGGUGGCCGUGAACAUUGCUGGACGCAGCCCCCCUACCGGCCUGACCCAGCCCGUCACUAUCCGCGAGAUCGUGGAACUGCCCAUGAUCCGCCUCCCCCGCUACUUGAGACAGAAGUACAUUAGAAGAGUGGGCGACAAAAUCAACCUGACCAUCCCCUUCCAGGGUAAGCCACGUCCCAAAGUGCAAUGGUAUAAGGAUGGGGAGGAGCUUGACAGUCGAGUUGCCAGCGUACGCAAUUCCGAAGUGGACUCUAUCCUGUUCAUCCGCUCGGCUGAGAGAUCCCACUCUGGGAAGUACGAGUUGGUCCUGCAGAUUGAGAACAUGGAGGCCAGGGCUAUUCUGGAAAUCAGGAUCGUAGAGACACCCGGGCCUCCCGAGGUAGUGAAGGUCACAGAUGUUUGGGGCUUCAACGCUGCGCUGGAGUGGAAGCCACCAAAGGACGACGGCAACUGUGAGAUCACCGGUUACACAAUACAGAAGGCGGACAAGAAGACAAAUGAAUGGUUCACUAUCUACGAGCACAACAGGAGGACAAACUGCACAGCCUCAGACCUGAUCAUGGGAAAUGAGUACAUGUUCCGCGUCUACAGCGAGAACCUCGUUGGAAAGAGUGAGGAUUUCUGCCUCAGCAAGGACACAGCCAUCAUACCUAAGAUAGGAUUGGAGUACAACCCACCUCCAUUCAAGGAGAAGGAUAUGAAAAGCGCCCCCAAGUUCAUACAGCCCCUGCUUGACAGGUCUGUGGUGGCAGGCUACAGUACCGCCAUCAGCUGUGCUGUCAGGGGCUAUCCCAAGCCUAAGAUCAGGUGGUUGAGGAAUAAGAUUCCCUUGGACGAGAACCCUCGGUUCCUGAUGCAGAAACCAGGGGUUUUGACCCUGAACAUCCGCAAGCCCAGUCAGUAUGACGGAGGCAAGUUCACCUGCAAGGCUAUCAACCCUCUGGGAGAGGACGUCGUGGAGUGCACCCUGCUCGUACGAGCUCUCAAGGACAAGGAGGACGGAGAUGAGAAAUGAGCUGCAGAAUGUUCACAAAACAUUCACAAUGUUUCAGUAGGUUUUGAAGCAUGCAUUGAAAUAAAAAAUACUUGAAGUUU